AUGACUGCGCCGGUGACGGCGCGCCCCUCCUCCGGGCGGGUCUUCCUUUUGGGGGCGGCAUCUCCUCCGCAGCAGAGGCCGCAUCGGAGACUACCAGAACCUUCUCCGGCGGGGCAUCUGCGCCAGAGGAUGACUAUCAACGACUACUACCGUGAUGAUGGCCAAUACGAUCCUGACGAGAUCAUUGAUAUGCUGGGCCGCCUUGGAAACCUCAUUCAGAUGGAACGCAAAAUGCAGAACUACAAGAAUGACAUUACUAGCGAGAAACGAGCUUUCGAUCUUGGUCUUGGCCGCGGUUAUUCUGGAGCUCUUCAAGCCAAGCACCUCAUGGGAUUGGCGGCUGCUAACUUCGCCGGCGGCCCCGGAAGGAGGCGACGAAACGCCCAAUAAACACAAGAACCUCACAAUUAUAAAUUCAAUGAUAUAAACACAUUUUUAUUAACAGUAUUAAACAAUUCGUUAAUAAUAUCC